AUAGACCGGGGCGAACGCAAAGAAGAGCGAGUUCUCUGCAGGCCCUGCCUAGGAGCGGAAGAGAUGGGCGGAGAUAAAGGACAAGCGGCAGACCCGGCGGCCCCGGAGCCCGGGGCGGGGCGCGGGCGGGCCUUCGCUGGUUACUGGUCACAAGUGGCCUGACCCGGCUCCACCCUCUGUCCGCCCGCACAAGUUUAUCUUGUGACUUCCCUGGCUGCUUUCCCUUCCUAGAUUGCAGAGCUUUCAUACCCACGAUGCGCUUCCUGACCGCCACGAUCCUGCUGCUGGCGUUCGUCGCCGCCAGCCAGGCCGAGCCCCUGCACUUCAAGGACUGCGGCUCCAAGGUGGGAGUUAUAAAGGAGGUGAAUGUGAGCCCGUGUCCCACCCAGCCCUGUCAGCUGCACAAAGGCCAGUCGUACAGUGUCAACGUCACCUUUACUAGCGGCACUCAGUCCCAGAACAGCACGGCCUUGGUCCACGGCAUCCUGGCUGGCAUCCCAGUCUUCUUCCCUAUUCCUGAGCCUGACGGUUGUAAGUGUGGAAUCAACUGCCCCAUCCAGAAAGACAAGGUCUACAACUACCUGAAUAAGCUUCCUGUGAAGAGUGAAUACCCCUCUUUAAAACUGGUGGUGAAAUGGGAACUUGAGGAUGACAAAAAGAACAACCUCUUCUGCUGGGAGAUCCCCGUACAGAUCAUAGGCUAGGCCCCUUGACUGUCUGCGUCGUCUGUGCGGGGCCGUGGAUCGAGGGAGAAGAAACAAAUCAGACCUGAAUUGGAAUCAGUGCCAUAAGAUGAACAGUUUCAAGAAUGCUGUUUUAUGCCUUUCAAAAGUACCUCCAAAAAAGUACCUGCAACUUGAGAGCUCAGAGCCAUCGUCCCCGGAGAUAGCCUUUGUGGAGGCUUCAGGAGGGAAGAGGGAAUCUGGAGAGAUUAGAUUAGUGUCCACGGCUGUUUACUGUUGGGUUACGGUCGGCAGGUCCCACCAGACCGUAUGGGACGGGGUUGCUUAGGGAUGUCAGAUAACUUGACCCAGGGCUAUCGAGCCACUGUGAAGGAUGGCUUCCCAGAGUCUUCUGGCUGGCUGGGGUAUUGCCUCCCCUGUUUCUAAGUGCCUCCUGAGUCCCAAGCACCUGGCUUAUCAGUCUGAUGCGUCUCCAUGGUACCCUAAGCCCCAAUGCUUCUACAGUAGCGACCGUGCUCCACGGUGUCCAGAGUCCGGCUGAGGGGAGUUCUGCCGCAGACGUUUCGCUCUGACUGGCUGCUGCUUUGUGGUCAGCUCUUGUUCUUUGGUAGUUUUCAUUAAAGCCAAUACUUGGUUGCAGGUGCCUGCUUUUGUGUUUUAACAGUAUUUGUCUAUAUCUUCUCUCUGCACGUGAGAUGGACCCUCCCGAUAAAUUCUAACUUGC